CAACUGAUAGUGCGCAGUGUGAAUCACCUGCACGCUCCAUCAACAACUACACCUUCAUAGCAGUCACCAAAUCGGUGCAUCAAGGUGAAGUCUGGUUUUUGGUUGUGCUUCGUCAACUUUUGGCGAGAUGGAUUUACACCAGCGAUAAUCAUUUAUCUAAUCGGAAAUGUCGAUAAAUUGAUACCGUUGGCCAAUGUCUUCCAGUUUGUUCCAAAUAAUAAUUAAAAUUUGAGUCAGUUUUAACGACGGCGUCUCGCUAGGUGGUAACAGUUGUGCAAAUAUUUGAGAAGAUGUUGACUCAAUUUACUGGUAAUUUGUCGUGCACUGUUGAGGCGGGGCAAAUAUUCGUCAUUGGUGCAAGACCCAUCGACGAUGCUGAAAGAGUAAACAUCAACUUCCAAUCGGGAAAGUCUGAUGAAGCGGACAUCAUUCUACACUUGUCGAUUCGAUUCCAUGAUGAUAUAAUUGUGCGAAACUCCAAGCUCGGUGGCAGCUGGGGUGGUGAAGAACGUGACGAGAACUUGAAUGAACUGACUGCUCCGAACCCUACCACUCCAGGCGACGUAUUUAAGCUCUACAUUCUGAUCGGCGAUGAUCGCUUCCAUAUUGCCAUCAAUGGGCAUCCGUACUGUACCUAUGGGUUCCGUGCAGCUUUGUCCGAAAUUCGCAGUAUAAUGGUGGUCAAGGAUGUCCAACAGAUUGUGCAGGUGGACCAUCGACAGGCGUUCCCCACGCCGUUUCCGGCUAUUCAGUUUGAUGAACCGUUCAACUCGUUCAGCAACGAUGUACCGAAGCCGUUUUUGCCAGGACACGUCAUCAUAAUAACCGCCAUUCCGUUCGGAAACCCACGUGGUCGGUUCAUCAUCCGUUUCAUGGAAAACGGAACCAAGCGCCAAGCACUGCACUUCAAUCCUCGCUUCGACCCGCAGUAUCAAGUUGUUCGAAACUCGCACACUGAAACACUUGAAUUCCGUCGCGAGGAGGAAACCAGCGGAGGAUUCCCGUUCGUGCUGGAUCAGCAGUUCAAGUUUGCAAUCGGUCUGACCGAGAGUGAGUUCAAAUUUGCCGUCAAUGGUAGCUAUUUCGAGUCGUAUGCCUACCGUAACGUUAAUCAACUGGACAUUUUAAACGGAUUCAAAGUGCAGUGCAUCAAUGGCAUGCAGCUCGAGAUCACCAACGUGGACCACAUGAAUAUGGGGGUGCCGGACUGCGAGGGAUUUGAAAGCUAUUCCCAUCCGGAAGUGGAAAUUUUCUAAUUCAUUGCCCAUUGUGAGAUGAGUAAUAAAAACUGAAAGAUGCAGGUA